ACUUGCAUAUUAUUAUAUAUACAUAUAGAGUUAAUAUGUGUGAACGGUAUUUAUUGCGAGGUUUGUGAGUGGUAAUGAUGACAAUUGUUAAUUUAUAUUUACUUUCCUGACUAGUUAACUAAAGUGAAAUUUGGUUGGAUUAUUUUCUUAUACUCAAGCGGCAUGUUAUUAUGUAUUUUUUUCUUCGAUUUCCUUUUAUGCUAGUUUAGGUUAGGAGAAAAAUGUAACCUAAAAAUUCUUCUCACUGCGAAACAUAACUGGCUAUUAGCCAAGGAGGACUAAAGAAAGUCGGUGCAAAAUCAACAAUUGACUAAUUUUCCUGAGACACUGGCUUAAAAGUGUUGGUCGCACCGACUGAUAUAGUUUGCCAAGUGACGACGCCGGCGUAUAGAGCAUUCUUAUGACGUCACGCGUUCCGAGCGGUCAUCGAGGGAAUAACAGUGCACGUGGCUGGAUUCGGUGACCUCAGAAAAUAUUUAUCAUCAUAUUCCAUCCACAUUUUUUUAUAAAUAAGGCUUUUCACCACGUUAUGACGUUUCUGCUCCAGAGUGUCGUGAGCUAAACUUUAUAACUCCGUGAAUCUAGAGAUCCUCAAGGGAGAGUUGUAAGCGGAAUUCGUUGUAAACUAACACAGAUUUGUUAAAAUUGUGAAUGAUUAAAACAAAAUCAGUAGAAAAAUCAAUCAAACUUAUGGACAAUGAUUCUGUGAAAUAGCAAUAUAGAUCAAGGACAAUGUUUAAUCAAAGUAGUGCGUUAGGUAAUGCAACCUCAUCGGCUGCAAAUCCAAUGAAGGAUUUCGAAGUUGCUUCUCCACCUGACGACUCAGUGUCGAGCUUAGCAUUCAGUCCAGCCACUUUACCACAAAAUUUUCUGGUUGCUGGUUCAUGGGAUUGCAACGUUCGAUGUUGGGAAGUCGAGCAGUCUGGAAAGACUGUUCCAAAAUCUAUGCAAACUAUGGGAGGACCAGUUCUAGAUGUCUGUUGGAGUGAUGAUGGAGCAAAAGUAUUUAUGGCCUCUUGUGAUAAAAUGGUCAAGUGCUGGGAUUUAGCCUCGAAUCAAAGCAUUCAAGUUGCUGCUCACGAUGCACCUGUGAAAACUUGUCAUUGGGUGAAAGGUUCUAAUUAUUCCUGUUUGAUGACAGGAUCUUGGGACAAAACGUUAAAGUUUUGGGAUACUCGGAGUCCUAAUCCAAUGUUGACCAUCAGCUUACCGGAAAGAUGCUACUGUGCGGAUGUGGAUUACCCAAUGGCUGUAGUGGGAACAGCGGGAAGAGGUUUAAUAGUUUAUCAGCUGGAAGGUACUCCACAAGAGUAUAAGAGAAUCGAGUCACCUUUAAAAUAUCAGCACCGGUGUGUUGCUAUUUUUAGAGAUAAGAAAAAAGUGCCUACUGGCUAUGCUUUAGGAAGCGUCGAAGGACGUGUAGCAAUUCAGUACGUGAAUCCCACAAAUCCCAAAGACAACUUCACAUUUAAGUGUCAUAGAUCAAAUGGUGCGCCUAAUGGAUAUCAAGACAUAUAUGCAGUAAAUGACAUAGCCUUCCACCCGGUCCAUGGCACUUUGGCCACUGUUGGUAGUGACGGAACCUUCAGUUUCUGGGACAAGGAUGCUCGCACGAAAUUGAAGCCUUCGGAACCGAUGGAACAACCCAUAACGCGUUGCUGCUUAAAUCAUAAUGGUCAAAUAUUCGCUUAUGCUGUUUCAUACGACUGGUCGAAGGGUCACGAGUUCUACAAUCCAGCAAAGAAAAAUUACAUCUUUCUCAGAUCAUCCUACGACGAAUUAAAGCCGAGAAGUACAUCGUAAGGCUUAAAUCGCCACUAAUUAUUUUGUUCAUUCAUAUAAUUAUACAUUUUCUAAAGAUAUGACAGCUUAAUUGUAAUCUUAUUAUCCCUAAUAAAAAUUACUCUCUUGAUA